AUGAAAAAAGUAAAAAAAAGAAGAGAAAAAAAGAAAAAAAUUAAGAAAUAUUUGUUCCAUGUCAGAAGAUUGUAAAGAGCUUUAAGACAUGUCUCUCUCAAAACACAAAAAAGAAUUAAAUGAAUUGUUCAAAGAAGCAAAAAAAUAUCUGCUUCGUUACUUACUAUUUCUUUCUUUCGUAUAUGCUUAUAUUGCACUUGGUGCGUUUAUAUUUUUUUAUAUUGAACAGUGUUACGAUGUGAUUCCGGCUUCCUUAACUAAAGCUGAAAAGAAACUACAAAUACUUUGUUCCAAUAUCACGGACAAAAAUGCCAUCUUGAAUAAUUCCCUACUUUCAUAUGAACGUGAAUUUUGUGAGAAUGUGAUUUAUACAGAAAUUUAUAAUUGCGAGUUAAGCCUUCAGGCAUUCAAUAGAUGGACUGUGUAUACAGGUACCGUUGUCACCACCAUAGGUUAUGGAAACGUUGUCACCAAGUCGGAUACCGGCAAAAUAGUUACUAUGAUUUACGCCAUACCUGGGAUUGCAUUAACUGCUGGAACAUAUAUACCAGCAGCCCGUGGAUUGAUAGCUCUGACAAGGUCUUUUCUAAUUGUAAUUGAGAUCGGUUGGUUAAAAAGAAAAUGUAUCAAACAUUUUCCCAUAAAAGUCUUUGCAUUCCAAACUUGCCUUAGCAUGUUAUCGUUAACUGUGUGUGGUUUACUGUCCACCUUAAAAGAAUUGGAGGACUACUCACUAUUAAACGGAAUUUAUUUGGCAUUCGUUUCUUUAACAACAAUUGGCUUUGGCGAUUAUUAUUACAAAUAUGAUGAAUAUAUGCAUCAACCUUGGUUGCUUUUGCCGUCAAUAUUUAUGUUUUCUGUUGGACUUUCUACAUUUGCUUCGGUUAUUUCAAGUAUCAGUGAUGUUUUAGGAAAAUAUGCUCCUCAAGAGAAGAAAAAAGGAAAAAACACUGUUACUAUAGAGGUUGCUAACGGUUAAAAGACUUAUUUUAACGUGGAUUGGUUAUUUCUUUAACAUUAUUUAUUCAACCCGGCCUUUUUUAAGCCGCCUAACACCAGCACUGUGCAUAAAAAUUUCGCUUGUUUUAAAAAUCCAAUCGCCCCUAAAACGUUAUUUCUGAUUAAAUUGGCUAAUCAUAGCCCAAAAUUUUCUGCCUUAUUAAUCUUUUUGUAACUAUCUAGCCAGAUAUUUAGCUACCUAUUACCUGUAUGUUUUGCAGCUCCAUCAAAAAAUCGGCAAAGAGUACUUCUCAGUCGGCGAGAAUUCCUUUUUGCCGAGUGACCAAAUUAUACGGAAUCAGAUAAUGCUUUCAGGUUUUAACCUGAAUAUCAAAUACGGAUAAAUGCUAAGUCGGUGCAGUGGCGCUCGGAAAAAUCGGCCAGACUGGGAAAAGCAUCCAGAAAGAGAGACCGCAACAAAACCCGAACAGCGUAGUAAAAACAGAACCCAAAUGUAAAUAUUUAGAAAAGAUCGUUGGGUCUCCAAAUUUUUUUUUAGUCGAGCUCUGAGUUUGUCGAUGUUUACAAUUUUGGGGAGAUGUUUUAUCGGCGCAUUUAAGAAAAAAGGUAGAAAAUUUAAAUGACUUCUCCUAUCACAGAAAGACAGACACAGCACACUCAGAACACUUUUAGAAAAGCACUUGGUUUUUAAAGUAAAAAAUAAGGAAAAAAUAAAAUGUAUUUUUAUUUAGUAAUGGCUUAUUACACCUGGCUAUGUACAUGUUAGCAAAAAAUCUAGCUAGCUACAUGUCUUUUCUCACCUAGAAAAUUGCCAAUUGUUAAUCGUAUUGUAUUUACAAAUCUUUAAAUAAAAAAUUCUUUAUUUUCAUUUUAAAUGUGAGUAAUGAAAAUCUACAAAAUAGCAUCUUUUAUAAAAGUAUUUACUGUUUGGCUCACUAUUUCUGUUAGUCAAGAAUCCUCUCAUGUUUCCAUGUUUUUGUAACAAAUUCCGCCAUCUUAAGAGUAAAUCAUUGUAUAAAUUAUGACGCGUGAAUAAAUAAUCUAUGUCAGAUGUAAAUCUAUGGCAUUACAGAAAUCACCAAACUGCACUAGGGGUUUCUUCGCCGCCGGCCUCGGAUGUCAAAAAGGAAAGAAUCCCUGGGGACGAGGUUGCAACUUUAGCCGUUGUUAUCUCGUCAUUGCAAAAACAAUCAGUGAAAAUUUUAUUUUAUUUUCUCAAUUCAUUGUGACAACAGGCCGAGUACUCAGUACAGCUAAACCAUGUCGCACAUGCGUGUAGGCGUAAUACCUUUUUCAAAAAAACUUUAUCGCAACUUCGUUAAAAUAAAAAAAACCUGUCGUUACCCCUGCCCACCUAAAAAAAUCAUGGCACAAUUUUA